AUGGCGGACAAACUCAGCUACCUCGAGGCAGUUCAUAACCGGCGCAGAAUUUACCAGCUGAACCGAUCGUCCCUAAUUUCGGAUGACAUGAUUGAAGAAAUUAUUCAUCAGGCUAUAGAAGAUAUUCCUUCGUCUUUCAAUUCUCAAUCGACUCGGCUUGUGGUUCUGCUGAAGGAGGACCACUACAAGUUCUGGAAUGUCGGCCUCGAGGGCCUUAAGGCCAUCGUUCCCGCUGAUUCCUGGCCAAAGACUGGGUUGUGUAAGCUACUAGUACAGAAAGUUUUAUUCUACAAGGAUCCAAAGGUUAUUAGCGAGCUUCAGGUUAAGUUCGCUAUUUAUGCCGACCGAUUUCCCCUCUGGUCUGAGCAUAUGAGUGGGAUGCAUCAGUUGGCAAUCUGCAGCACUGGAGGCUGGAGGUUUUGGUGCCAACCUCCAGCACUACAAUCCUCUGCCUGA